AUGUGGCCAUACUAUCAUAACAACAUCUACGCGCUAUUCGCGAUGGAGCAGAAAUCGCGCGCUUCUGCUUUCUACGAAGUUGGCCUGCAAGAGCCUGAGCAGGCGACCUUGACGAAAGGUACUAGAAAAGAACGCCCACAGAGUGUACGGUUUCGUAGUCGAGACGAGAUACAUGUAUUGGAACGAGACGACGAACAGAGUGUGAAGGCUUCUAAAGGCGACAAAAGAGCGGCAAGGUCGACUAAGCCAGAGACGAAAUCAUCAUCAACCUCACCACUGCCACCCAAAAAUCGCUCCAUGAUGUACCGACUCGGAGGAGCUUUCCUGCUUCUAGCAGCCAUGGUACCAUUAUUUCAAAGCUCGUCACCAUUCAGCCAUGGAUCAGUGCUACCAAUACAACCCGUGGAAGGUGGCGUGAUACCAGGGGAGGCCAGAGCUGCCAUAGUGCCAGAUCUCUCAAAACGAGACAAUAGUCCGACAGAUGUAUGCGUCCGAUGGGCGCAACAGUCUGCUGUCGUAAACGGCACGCUAUAUCUCUACGGAGGCCAAGCGUCUACACAGCCCGGACAGACAUCAGACACAUGGAACAACGACCUACUUACGAUGGACCUGACGAAGACGUGGCAGAUCGCCUCGCCAGCACUGAGCGGAUUACCGCAGCCGUCAGGACCACCGGCUGUCUCGCUUGGCUACCUUUGGAACGAUCACGAGUCGCUCUUUCUGUACGGCGGCGAGUUUUCGUGGAAGCCAAUCACUUCGCCGUCGCCCUUGUCGACGUGGGAGUACAACAUACAAUCGCAAUCAUGGAUCGAGCACAAAAGCCCAUCUACAUCCAGUGGCAAGAGUGCGCCGAGCAACAACGAUCCAGUGCAGCGCGCUGCUGAAGGCGCAGGCGUAAGUGUGCCAUCACUUGGUCGAGGGUUCUAUUUCGGCGGGCACCAGGACGGGUAUACCACGCCCGGCUGGUCCCAAAGCAUCGACCGCAUAUAUUUGCAGUCUCUGCUCGAAUUCACCUUCCCAGACUACAUGAACAACCAAGUAGACGCACUCAGCAACUCCAAGCCUGCUGGAUCUGAUGGCAACUAUCGCAAUAUUACACAAGGUGGCCUGCAAUCCAGCGCUGGCUUCACGCAGCGCGCUGAUGGCCUACUCAUUUAUGUCCCGGGCUUCGGCGAUGAGGGUAUCCUUCUUGCGCUAGCAGGCGGCACGAACCAAACGUUCACACAGAUGAACAAUAUCGACGUAUAUGAUAUUGCGACAAGCUCGUGGUAUAAGCAGUCUACCUCUGGGCCUACACCUAUGAUUCGCGUCAACCCUUGCGCCGUGGCUGUCGCUGCGCCGGAUGGGUCAUCCACCAACAUCUACAUGUUUGGAGGACAGAAUCUGACGCCUGCUGGAAACCAGUCGCAAUUUGAUGAUAUGUGGAUCUUGACCCUGCCUUCCUUCACAUGGAUAGAGGUUGACCAGAGUGGACAGGACGGGCAAAUGGUUGUCGUCGGCGGAUACGUUGGUGAUCAGCUCAGUUGCGACAGUCCUGGCGUCUACGUAUACGACCUCAGCAGCACGCAGUGGGUUCAGCAGUUCACUGCGCUGAGCCCUGGUAGCAGUACUUCCUCGUCAUCGUCCUCGUCAUCUUCCUCGUCGUCAUCCUCAUCGUCCUCUGGAUCUGGAUCAAACUCGAACUCGGGCUCUGGCGGGUCCUCGUCGUCAAAAUCGAGCUUCAAUUCAACAGGCGCGAAUAACCCGCUCAACCAACAGCCGGCCCAGCUCGGGAACUCGUCGAUCUCAGGCGGUCUGGAAGGCUCGUACGGCUAUACGGUGCCCGAAGUCGUCCUCAAGGUCAUUGGUGGCUCGCCUAGUGGAGGCGCUACAGUAACAGCACCAGUGAUCACAGCAACCAGUGGACCUCUAGCCACGGGCAAACCAAUCACUUACACCGUAACAAACUCCAACGGCGCAGUCGUCACCGAGACCGCCUCUCCCAAUAAUCCCAACGGCGGCAACAAUGGCUCCUCCAACGACUCAGGCCGUCGGGGGCCCAACAUCGCAGCCAUCGUCGUGGGCGUAAUCUGCGGCAUCCUUUUCAUCAUCGUCUGCUACCUCGCUUUCUGCGCCUACAUUUACCGCCGCCAACUCCAACUCUACAAACGGCACGUCGAGAUGUCGCAAGCGCAAGCACGCGGCGAGAAGCUGCCUGCGAUACCCGGCUUGCUCGCCACAGAUAGUGCGAAGAACAGCGCCGACACGAGACGAGAACAGCCGUUCUGGUCUAGUGAUAGCAAUAGCCAGAGCGCAAGUAUACAAGCGCAGAGUGGCUAUAGCGGUGGACAGACGAGCUCAAGUGGAAGGGCUGUUCCUAGUGGGUAUCAGAAUGUCCGGAGAGAUAGUGACGGGAGUAGUGCGGAGGAUGUCUUUAAUACGCAUGAGCCGACUUUCGUUGGGGUUAUGUUGAAUCCGAGACGGAGCUUGAGGGUUAUUAAUCGGGAUUGA